AAUCUUGAAAUCGCCGUGUGUAAUGCGCAUGCGCACUGCCAGGGCAAUUCAGCAGGUCGAUGUAGGAGCAGAAAUGGCGGCGCUCCGGGUGUGUGUGUGGCGGUCUACCGGCAGAGCUUUACUCCACUCUAAACAUCCAGCUCAGUUUUCUCGAGCAAAUAUAUCCUUUGCCAGUUUGUCAAAUGGGAAGAAAGCAGCGAUCUCUACUCUGGGUGUGUUGACUGCAGGAGGAGCCGGACUUGCACUGAUUUUACAUCAGUCUGUGAAAGCCUCUGACCUCGAGCUACAUGCGCCAUCUUAUCCAUGGAGCCAUAGUGGCAUGCUCUCUGCUUUAGACCAUGCCAGUGUCCGACGUGGCUAUCAGGUGUACAAGCAGGUGUGUUCAGCCUGCCACAGUAUGGAGUACCUGGCCUUCCGAAACCUGGUCGAUGUGUCGCACACAGAGGAUGAGGCCAAGGCCCUCGCUGAGGAGAUCGAGGUAGUAGACGGUCCAGAUGAAUCAGGAGAGAUGUUCACUCGUCCUGGGAAACUGUCUGAUUACUUCCCAAAGCCGUACGCCAGCCCGGAAGCUGCCCGUGCCGCUAACAAUGGAGCUCUUCCUCCUGACCUCAGCUACAUUGUUAAUGCCAGGCAUGGUGGUGAGGAUUACGUUUUCUCGCUGUUGACUGGUUACUGUGAUCCCCCUGCUGGUGUGUCUUUGAGAGAGGGACUCUACUACAACCCCUACUUUCCUGGCCAGGCCAUCGGCAUGGCUCCCCCCAUCUAUAAUGAAAUCUUGGAGUAUGAUGAUGGCACACCAGCCACAAUGAGCCAGGUGGCUAAAGAUGUGUGCACUUUCCUGCGCUGGGCAGCUGAACCAGAACACGACCAGCGGAAAAAAAUGGGCCUCAAGUUGCUUAUGGGCUCAGCGAUCAUCGUGCCACUGGUGUAUUAUCUAAAGAGGCACCGGUGGUCUGUACUCAAGAGCAGGAAGAUUGCCUACAGGCCACCAAAAUAAACCUGAACCACGAUCAAGUCAGUCAAGAAUUUGCAUCCGCUCUGUCAUCCUCUUUGUAUAAAGGGACAUUCCACUUUGUAUAAAGGGAACGAUUUUGGACAUUUCAAACAAUUUCCAGGGUAAAGGCUAUCAACACUCGAAUAAUGGUUCAGCGUGAGCUGACGGACCAGGAUGGCCAGUUAUGAUACACACGUCUGUGUUAAUAUGUAAAAUCUAGGUGUGAAUCGAAUAAACUGUAUUUUACAAGUG